CGUUAGUGACGCUGCGGCCGGAGGAGGAAGUAGAGCACCGCGCUUCAGCUGCUCCACUGUCACACACACCGAGCUGCUUCAGGGGGACGAGCUGCAUCAGGGGGACGAGCUGCUGCACCGCCAUGACCGAGGGAGACAACAAGAGCGCCAACAUGCUGGCUCAGGAGACAGCCCAGCUGGAGGAGCAGCUGCAGGGCUGGGGGGAGGUGAUCCUCGCCGGGGACCGAGUCGUGCGCUGGGAGAAGCCCUGGUUCCCUGGAGUCCUGAUGGGCGCCACCACCCUGCUCUUCCUGAUGAUUUACUACCUGGACCCCUCAGUGCUGACUGGGCUCUCCUGCACCGUCAUGCUGCUCUGCCUGGCGGAUUACCUGGUGCCCACCCUCGCUCCCAGAGUCUUCGGCUCCAAUAAGUGGACCAGUGAGCAGCAGCAGCGUUUCCAUGAGAUCUGUGGAAACCUGGUGAAGACCCAGCGUCGGGUCGUGGGCUGGGGGAAGCGUCUGUGCGCCCUCAAGGAGGAGAAGCCCAAAAUGUACUUUGCCUCCGUGAUCAGCGGCCUGCUGGCAGUGGCCUGGAUCGGACAGCAGGUGCACAACCUGUUCCUCACCUACCUGAUUGUGAACUUUCUGCUGCUGCUGCCUGGCCUCAACCAGCACGGCGUCAUCACCAAGUACACCGCCAUGGCCAAGAGGGAGAUAAACAAGCUGCUCAAACAGAAGGAGAAGAAGAACGAGUAAACGAAGAGGGGAAUCUCAGAACGAUGACUAAGACACAAAAUGGAAGUUUUGAGGAAGGGCCUCGUUUUCUCUCGUCUCCGUCGCAGAGCGAGACACUUUUUUUCUUUUCUUUUCUUGUGCUGAAUAAGUUUCACUUCUCUCUCUAGCUCACUAUUUGACAUUUCAUCACAUUUUUUUUUCUUCUCAUGAAUUUGCCAUGCAUGCAGCCACAUGAAGGUUCUGACACGUUUAUCUAAAGCACUGAAACAUUCUGCAGCACGUCACACACAGUUUAAAUCCUCCUGUCUUAUUUUAAACGUGAUUUUGUUUUAAGAUGUUAGUGAUGCUUUUAAGCCAUUCCCUCUUCAUGGACUAAGUGACUACUGAGCAGUUUUUGUAGCAUUACUGCAUCAUAUUCUCGGAUUCUUCACGGUAGUGUUUAUUUUCCUCAGGACAGUUUUUGUCAGAACAGGUCAUUAGUGUUUUUUGCUUUAUUUGUAUUUAACUUGGCACUAAAGCAGAACUGGAUUUAAAGCUGAGCUCCUCAGGAGCUCCACCGUGUCUAGAUGCAGACAUACUGCUGUACUGCUGCUAGCUGGACCCGAGUCUAUUAGCUCUUAUAUAAAACCACACAGUGUUAAUGGUGUGGGCUGUUUCUGUGUAAAUAGACCUAUCUCCCCCCCCCCCCCCCCCCUCUCGGUCCCUGUCAGUCAACCUUUUCUCUAUUCUCGUUAUUUAUGUUAUUUCCUCUUCAGUCUGAUCACUGUCUGUCAGCUCAUUUCAUUAUUUGUCUUUAUUGGAGAUCUUAUUAAAAACGAUUAAAGUUUGAUUUAAGUGAAAA